UAAAAAAUGAAAAGAAACUGAAAAAUAAAAAAUAAAAUAAAUGGCGUGGACUGUAGAGACACAGACACAGAGUAUAGAAGCUGUACAAACACAAAUAUUUCCACCAACUCUCCUAUUUUCUAUAACAUUUUAUUUUUCUGUGCUCAUUCUAGCUCUAUGCAUCACUGUAUCGUGCUUUUGCAAUUAAAAUUGAAAAAGCGAGAAAAAUGACGCCGACGGCCAACCAGAAUAAAUUCAAAGUGCUCUCUAGAAACAGCCCACCAAGAAAAAUACACCUUCUCUCUCUACCCCUCCCCUUACCUCAUUCCUAGGCUAAAAGUCAGCCUUUUCUUCAAUUCUUUGAUCUGUGUUUUCUACUUUUAAUUCAAAUAUUCAUCUGCUGUUACUUCCAUUUAUUUCAGUGUUUUGAAAGCUUGAGCUGGAAAAGAAUUAGAAGAGAGGAUGUCAAGUGGUGGUACACAGAACAGUUUAAGGAAAACUCUUGGUACACUGAAGGACACAACCACUGUUAGUUUGGCGAAAAUCAACAGUGACUAUAAGGAAUUGGACAUUGCGAUCGUUAAGGCAACAAAUCACCAUGAACGCCCUGCAAAAGAGAGGCACAUAAGAGCUGUCUUUGCUGCUAUAUCAUCCACCAGACCCCGAGCUGAUGUUGCUUAUUGCAUUCAUGCCCUUGCUAGAAGAUUGUCGAAAACUCGUAAUUGGGCGGUUGCCUUGAAAACAUUGAUUGUCAUCCAUCGUGCAUUGAGAGAGGUGGACCCCUCGUUCCAGGAAGAAAUCAUCAACUAUGGUAGGAGCAAAAGCCAUAUGCUAAACUUGGCCCAUUUCAAGGAUGACUCCAGUCCUAAUGCUUGGGAUUAUUCUGCUUGGGUGCGGUCUUAUGCAUUAUUUUUGGAGGAAAGAUUGGAAUGUUUCAGAGUGUUGAAGUAUGACAUAGAAGCAGAUCGUGAUAAUGUGAGGACAAAAGAUCUCGACACUCCAGAUUUACUUGAGCAAUUACCAGCUUUGCAACAACUACUUCACCGUGUACUUGGCUGUCAGCCGCAAGGAGCUGCGACUCAUAAUUUCAUCAUACAGUUGGCCCUUUCCAUGGUCGCUUCAGAAAGCAUUAAAAUUUACAACGCAAUAAGUGGCGGUGCCGUUAAUUUGGUUGACAAGUUCUUCGAGAUGCAAAGGCACGAUGCUCUUAAGGCCUUGGAUAUAUAUAGAAGAGCCGGCUUGCAGGCUGAUAGACUGUCUGAAUUCUACGAAAUAUGUAAAACCCUUGACGUUGGCCGUGGAGAACGAUACAUCAAGAUUGAACAGCCCCCUGCAUCAUUUGUGCAAGCCAUGGAAGAGUAUGUUAGAGAAGCACCACGCAUGUCCACAGCUCGCAAAGAUCUCGCUGAUGAUAAGCCCAAAGCAGUUUUAGCAAUAGAGUACAUAAAUAGUUCGGAGGUGAAGAAAGAAGAGCAUCUACAAUCCCCGCCCGAACCUGAACCCGAACCUGAACCUGAGCCUGAACUUGUCAAAGUUGAAGCUCCUACUUCAGAAUCUGCACCGGAUUUGCUGGGUCUACACGAGCCUAGUCCUGCUGCCUCGGAGUUGGAUGAGAAAAAUGCUUUGGCUUUAGCCAUCGUGCCGGUUGGUGGCACUCAACAUACUGAGCCAGUUCUGUCCAAUCAGACCUCAGGCUGGGAAUUAGCCCUUGUAACUGCUCCAAGCUCCACCGAGUCCACUGCUGCUGCCAGCAAACUGGGUGGAGGGCUGGAUAAACUCACACUCGAAAGCCUGUAUGACGAUGCCAUGAGAAGAAACAACCAAAACACGAGCUACAAUCCUUGGGAACAAAGUGGCAUGAAUAAUCCCAUGAUGGGGCCCGGCCCGUUUUACUCCACCACACCUUCUGUUGAGAUGUACAAUAACCAACAACACGGUUUUCUUACGCCACAUCAGCAGAUGAUGAUGAUGGCUGGCCCAUCACAACAGCAGGGGAAUCCUUUUGGAAACCCAUAUGGUGUUGCCACUGGCCAACCUUAUUCAGGACAAGGUAUGACCGUUCAGCAACCGUACAAUCCUUACAAUGCAGGCCUCAUCUGAACAAAUGCCCUUCUCAGGAUUUUUUUUUUUUUUUUUUNUU